GCCGACAACACUCAAGUCUAGAACGCAACACUACUUCGUGACCAGACUGUUACAUUGACCUGGAGUAGCAUCAUUUAAGAUAAUUGGUUAUUUAUUUUAUUUAAACACUUCUAAUAUUAUUUAUUUCUUAACUUUGUUUACCUCUCUUUUACGUUUUUACUUCGUUGGACUAAGCACGUCAUCGCAAUGUUUCCCGAAUCUAACGCUGCGCCCGGGUACACUUAUGAUGAGUGCAGGGCCACAGCUGAUUGGCUGUCGAGCCGCCUGUCAGUGCGCCCCCUAGUGGGCAUCGUGUGUGGCUCUGGGCUCGGACGCCUGGCAGACGGCCUGAAGGACCAGGUGGUCUUCAAGUACAGCGACAUCCCCAACUUCCCCAAAAGCACAGUGCACGGCCAUGCUGGCAGGCUGGUGUUUGGGACUCUGAAGGGGACGCCGUGUGUGUGCAUGCAGGGCCGGUUCCAUCUCUACGAGGGCUACCCCAUUCAGAAGAUCACGCUGCCCAUCCGAGUGUUCAAACUGAUGGGCGUGGAGACGGUGAUCCUCACCAACGCGGCGGGGGGCCUCAACCAGGACUACAGGGUGGGAGACGUCAUGAUCAUCAAGGACCACAUCAACAUGCCCGGCUUCGCUGGGAUCAACCCUCUGGCAGGACCCAACGAGGACAAGUUUGGUGUGCGUUUCCCUUGCAUGUCGGACGCCUACAACCGUAAGCUGGUGCGUCUGGCCCAGGAGGUGGGAUCGGAGCUGGGCUUCAGCGACUUCCUGCGUGAGGGCGUGUACUGUGUCCUGGGGGGGCCGUCCUUCGAGACCAUCGCCGAGUGCCGCAUGUUGAACAAGCUGGGCGCUGACGCUGUUGGCAUGAGCACGGUUCACGAGGCGAUCGUGGCGCGCCACUGCGGCAUGCGGGUGUUCGCCCUGUCCCUCAUCUCCAACCAGGCGGUCAUGGACUACGAGAGCGAGGAGCGAGCCAAUCACGAGGAGGUUCUGCAGACCGGGGACGAGCGUGCCCAGCAGCUGGAGAAGUUCGUGGCCACCUUCAUCUCCCGCCUGGAACACGACGCCGCCACUCACUGAGGAGCGCGCCCUCUGAACCCUGCUGUUACACAACGCAGCUAAAGAAAGAAAGAAAUAAUAAAACA